CCUCUGCCAGUUGACAGUUGAAUUGAAUCGGUGAAGCACGAAAUACUGGUGCAUAGUGGAAGAUGCGAUUUUCUCUUAUCCGUUUAACAAUUAUUAUUUUUAUUUUUGUUAUAAUGUCAACAUGUGCAGCAAUAAAUUGUCAACCCUGUAAAAUACAGGAGGCACGAAAAAUACAUGCGGAGGAAAUGCAGAGAAAGGCGAACCAAAAUAGAAAUACUACAGUGGCGGCAUAAAUAGGGAGACACUCCUUUUAUAUCCAUGCUCAAAGGAUACAAAUUUUAAAUACGCUGAAUCAACAGACUUAUUUAAUACAUAAGUACACAAGAAAAACGUUUUUGCGUUGCUCAUUUACUCAUCACCGGCUUUUCUCUUCGCCUCAUUUACUUUCAAUCGCUUUUAGUUGGAUCGCCUGUCAGCGUCACACUCCAGUUUUAAUUCAACUCGCAAGUCGAUCGUUUCGUCGUUUUAGUUUACGCAAAGUUUAAUUAAAACUGCCUGCAUACGAAUCUCAAUCCCGAUUUUACGUACACCAG